CUUAGGAAGAGGCCCCGCCUUCUCCCGUAAUGCCCCGGAAGUGCCUCUACCCUCAGUAAAGAUGGACAGAGCCUUUGGCAUGGGGAGGCGGGGCUGCGCAUGCGCAACGAGUCCUGCGGGGGGGGAAGAUGGCGGAUGACAAGGAUUCUCUGCCCAAGCUUAAGGACCUGACGUUUCUCAAGAACCAGCUGGAGCGCCUACAGCAGCGUGUGGAGGACGAAGUCAACAGUGGUGUGGGCCAGGAUGGCUCACUCUUGUCCUCCCCAUUCCUCAAGGGAUUCCUGGCAGGCUAUGUGGUGGCCAAACUGAGGGCAUCAGCAGUAUUGGGCUUUGCAGUGGGCACUUGCACUGGCAUCUAUGCAGCUCAGGCAUAUGCUGUACCCAAUGUGGAGAAGACACUGAAGAACUACUUUAAGUCACUACGAAAGGGGCCUGACUAGACCCUUUGGGGAAAGCAGGAUGGGCAUGUUGGGCCUGCAGGUAGAGACCUUUCCGUCACUGACCCUCUACCUGACCUCCCUUGCUAUUGUUCAUUUGCUGUCUCCCCCUCUUCUGCCCUUUGCGUCCUUGCUUUUGUUCCUACAUAGAAUAGACAGUGGUUUUUCAGCCU